AUGGGCAAGUACUUCAGUGAGACAUUUAAACUCAAUGAUGAUGAUAAUUGCAAUCAGUGUAUCCUGCUUGGGAAUCGGAAAAUUGCAGAGGAGCAUGUGCCACGGCUGGAGCUCAUAGUCAUAGGCAAAGUUACUUGGUUGAUUUGUUGUAUCAAUUUGUCAAAAAGGGCACAUUGGGUGUUGGUUGUGAUUAAUGCCACUACAGGGACCUUAUUUUACUUGGAUCCUAUACAUGGUAGUUUGAAUCAACGCAAAGUCAUGAAAGAGAUGUUUGAUAAUGCAAUGAUGAUCUACCGUGCUAAUUGCAAUGACAAGAGGAUUACAUGGUCCAAAGCCAAAUGGAAUACUAUAAAGUGCCCUGCUCAAACAAUGAUAUAG